AUGAAGUUUCAAUCGUUACUUUGCUUGGCCUAUGCCUUAGGCGCGGCUGCGCUUCACAUCCCUUUAGUCGAGCGUCAGCCUUCGAGCAAGUCCAAAGGAUGCUCUGGAAACACCGCCAAGACCAGAUCAAAAUGGUGCGACUACGACAUCCAUACCGACUAUGAUUCCGUUGUGCCCUACACUGGCGUCACGCGGGAAUAUACGUUCAACAUUGACGAUGUCACUGUUGCUCCAGAUGGAUUCUCUCGUCCUGCUAUGGCUAUCAAUGGCCAGAUUCCCGGCCCUACUGUCUAUGCAGACUGGGGUGAUGAGGUUGUUAUCCAUGUAAACAACCAUAUGACCACUUCCGAGAAUGGGACUAGUAUCCAUUGGCAUGGCAUGCGUCAGUUGAACACGAAUCAGAACGAUGGUGUUGUCUCAAUCACUCAGUGUCCUACGGCACCCGGAUCAUCCAUGACCUACAGAUGGCGUGCCACCCAGUACGGUUCUUCAUGGUACCAUUCCCACAUUGGGCUACAGGCAUGGGAGGGUGUUCAUGGUGGAAUCGUCAUUAACGGGCCGGCUAGUGCCAACUAUGAUCACGACACAGGCACAAUGAUACUUUCUGAUUGGUGUCAUCAGACCGCAGAUGAGCUUUACCACUCAGCUCAAGUAGUAGGCCCACCAACUCUUGAUAAUGGCUUAAUCAACGGAACAAAUGUAUAUGGUGACCUUGGUUCUCGCUAUAAAAUGCAAGUCAACAAGGGCGAGUCAUACCGGCUCAGAAUUGUGAAUGCUGCAAUUGACACUCACUUUAAAUUCAUGAUCGAUAACCAUACGUUGACCGUCAUUUCCAUGGAUCUUGUGCCCAUCAAGCCUUAUACCACAAACUUUAUCAACCUUGGAAUGGGUCAACGCUACGACGUGAUCGUAACAGCCAACCAGGCGAAGAUUGCCAGCGACUUCUGGAUCCGAGCAAUUCCUCAGACCUCAUGCUCCGAGAACGACAACGUCGACAAUAUCAAAGGCAUUUUUCACUACAACAAGAAAGCUGGAACCCCAAAAACCAGCGCCUAUAGCUUCGUCGACGGCUGUGUCGACGAAGACAUGAGCAAUCUCGUCCCAAUCGUCCAAAAGUCCGUUUCACCCGCAAAUUGGGAGGGCUUGGAAGACGUGGUUGUUGCUUUUAACUCGGACAACCUCUUUCGUUGGUACCUCAACAGCACCACGAUGGAGAUUGAGUGGAAUAAUCCCACCCUGCUACAGGUCCACAACCGCGUAACCCACUUCUCAAACUCGAGCGGUGUUAUUGAGGUGCCGAAUGCGGGUGAAUGGGUUUACCUAAUGAUCAACACUACUAUGCCAAUUGCACACCCUAUUCAUCUCCACGGACAUGACUUCUUCAUUCUUGCACAGGGAACCAAUCCUUGGGAUGGAACUACACUUACAAGUAAUCCACCGCGACGUGACACGGCUAUGUUGGAGAGUUCUGGGUAUCUGCUCCUUGCUUUUGAGACUGAUAACCCCGGCGCUUGGCUUAUGCAUUGCCAUAUUGGUUGGCAUACAUCGGAGGGAUUUGCAUUGCAGUUUGUUGAGCAGUAUGACAAAAUUCCUAAUCUCAUUGAUUACUCGUCGCUCCAGCAAAACUGUCAAGCUUGGAACAAAUAUGACAAAGCUUUUGGUGUUGAGCAGGAGGACUCUGGAAUUUAA